GAAGCCCAAACUUAUUCCACAAUAAUUCCUUUACUAACACACUUAUUCACCCUUGUGCUUGCAUUGCUGCAAGCUGGACACACUUUCUCCCCCAGCCACUAACAACAUUUCCAGUUUUCAGAGGGCAGCAGCCCAGGUUGAGCAGGCUCUCACACAGGCUCUCCAGCAAACCACUGCUCUUCCAGUUCCUGUCCAACUCCCAAACCCAUCUUUUCCCUGUAAGGCCAUCUUCACAAGCUAUCCCAGUGGAUUAUACAUCUGUUCCAAAACUUCAGUUAUGUCCAGGAAAAAAUGAAUGGGAAAACCCAACUUUUAGGUCAGCAUGCGCAAUAGCAAAUGGAAAGUGCAGUGUCUGAGCUGACAGCUCCCGUGCCCUUAGGGACAGCGAUGCAAUAGCCAGACUUCAUUCUCUAAACAGACUGCAGCAAGCCAACCACGACUCAAGCAGCUGGAACCAACGAUGAGGGGCCUGGCAGGCUUCCUGCUGUGCUCCUUGCUGCUGCUGGCCCCCCACUCCACAGGGGUGGCUGCCCAGGACACCCAGCCUGACCCCAAAAUGCCCUGUGCCAAUUGGAUGGGAGGAGCACCCGGCUACCCUGGCCACAACGGCGUCCCUGGCCGGGAUGGCAAAGAUGGAAGAGAUGGGCUAAAGGGAGACAAAGGAGAUGAAGGUCCAGCAGGUCCCAAAGGUGAACCCGGCCCAGCAGGAAGCCGAGGCUUUCCCGGGCCCCCCGGAUCUCCUGGAAGCCCUGGAAGCCCAGGGCAGAACGGCAAAGACGCCUUUGUGCAGCGCUCUGCCUUCAGCGUGGGGCUGACGGAGCGCGGCCCUGCCCCCGGCGUGCCCAUCCGCUUCAGCAAGAUCUUCUACAACGAGCAGGGCCACUACGACCCCAGCACGGGCAAGUUCCUCUGCAGCGUGCCGGGCACCUACUACUUCGCCUACCACCUGACAGUCUACCUGUCAGACGUCAAGGUCAGCCUCUACAGGAAGGACAAGGCCGUGCUCUUCACCUACGACCAGUUCCAGAACAACAACGUGGACCAAGCCAGCGGCUCCGUGCUGCUGCACCUCAGCUCCGGGGACGAGGUGUGGCUCCAGGUGUACGGCAACGGGGACAAAAACGGGCUCUACGCUGACAACCUCAACGAUUCCACCUUCAUGGGCUUCCUCCUGUACCCCGACCCAGAGAGCUACUGAAGGGGGUGCUGCCUGCAAGAGGAGAGGUGCCUUAACCCGGGCGUGUCCUGGGCCCCUGGCGCUGCAGCUAUCAUGUAUUUACCAAAAAUCGCCUUUUGCAAGGGCAACUCCUUUCUCCUGUGAAAUCAGUGAGAUCAUACCAGUAUUUCCACAGAGACAGGAAUUCACUCCUACCUCUGCUCUUGCUUUCCUGUGGAAACCUCGGCCCAAAGUCAAAUACCACUCCUGCCAUGUCAUGAAAAACUCUCAGCAUGGCUUCACCUUCCUUUAAAUUUAAAGGUGACACGAGAACAAUUGAUUGCAUUUAAAUAUGACAUUCUAAAUUGCCUGUUUUUAGCCACCUAAAUCCAUUUAAACCAGUUGUAGAAAUUUUAGUCAGCAUUUUAAAGUUGGAGUAGAAGAGGGAAAAUACUACUCACAAAAGCAGAGUGCUCUUGUUUUCAGCUGGAAUCAAUGGCUCAAUUUUUUUGCUACUCCCACUUAUUAGGGCCUUUGACUUCCACUCCUGGUUUGUUGUCUCCCCUUUUUUAGCCCAGAUCUGUGAAUAUAUUCAGAUUAUUAACUUCCACUGAUUUUAAUCCUUUGAUUUUCUUUUUAUGUAUAUUCCCUAUUGUUAUCUCUAAUGCAGACAGCAGGCUGGUUUAGGGCAGGGAUCUUCUCUUGUGAUUUAUCUGAGAAGCCUUGUGAGCAUCAGCUAGGUCACACAACAAAAGCAGCCCAUUACCUGUGUGAUUUUGGGGGUCUCCUGCCCCAUCCCCCCUGUAAACAGCUCCCAGGUGCACUCAGGAGUUGAGAUCUAUCAGCUGUGUUUGUAAUUUUCCAGGCCCUAAGUGUGCCACAAGCCAUGGUUUGCCCACCAGUCCAGGUGCUGCUGAAGCCUCCCAUGUGGAUGAGCACCCUCAUCUCUGCCCCAGCUUUGGGCAAGGUUAUCUGAAUGCAGAAGAGUGUUAGGGCUGGAGUUAGUGUCACUCCAUCAAACUGCUCUCCAAGGAGCUUGCUUGACUUUCAGCUAAAAGAGGAUUUGAUGGUUUCUCAGAUACAUUCAAAGAAGACUCCUGCUACUACUAAGCUUCAGAAUAAGCUAACACAGAUCAGAGCUAAUGCAGAAUUACAAGCACUAAACAGCAUUAAGAGCUUCAACUGAAAUUACUUGCAACACCAUUUUCCACACUCCAGCCAAUUACCACACUGCAAAUAAAAAAACAAUAAAAAACUCUCUCAAUGAGAA